GAGCGGGCUGUGGGACGGGCCGGGGCGCGGGAGGCAGCGGAGCCCGGAGCAGGCGGCGAGCGAGCGAGCGAUCGGGCAGCAGCGGACAGCGCCGGGGCCGGGGCCGAGAUGCAGCUCCGAAACUUCCUUGUGCUCACCCUCAUGGCCCUCCUGGCCCUGCCCUCGGAGGCUGCGAAGAACAAGAAAGACAAGGGGAAGAAAGGCAAUUCCGAGUGUGAGGAGUGGAACUGGGGUCCCUGCACCCCCAGCAGCAAAGACUGUGGCAUCGGCUUCCGAGAGGGCAGCUGCGGGGGCGAGACCCGGCGCCUCAAGUGCAAGGUCCCCUGCAACUGGAAAAAGGAGUUCGGAGCUGACUGCAAAUACAAGUUUGAGAGCUGGGGCGCCUGUGACAGCAGCACCGGCACCAAGACCCGCCAGGGCACCUUGAAGAAGGCCCUGUACAAUGCCCAGUGCCAGGAGGCUAUCCGAGUGACCAAGCCCUGCACCCUCAAGGCCAAAGCCAAGAUCAGAGCCAAGAAGGGGAAAGGGAAGGACUAGACCCCGAAGCACCACCUGACAAGGGAGGGGGCUUUGCCUCUGGGGGACCCCCAGAUGCCUCGUCCCCUUCCUUCCUCCACCUUCCCCCCUUCUCCUCCCAAGCCCCCCAGAACUUACUCCACACCAGGUGCCUUGUUUCUUAUCAUUAGCUUUAUCAAUCACGAAGCCCUCCUCCCCACUUUCCCUCCACCAUUCUCAGCCCUGCCCCUGAGCCUUGGCAUGAAGGGCUGGAGAGAUUCAGAGGACAGGGAGGGGCCAGGCCCUCCAUUCCCUGCCCUGGCGCCCUCUCAUCCCAGUGAUGUGAGCUCCAAUUUCAGCCUAGCCCCUUAUUCAAGCCAUCACCUUUAUUAAAAAAAAAGAAAAAUAAAGUCUUUUUUUUUUCC